AUGGUUAAUCAAAGACUUUCAAUUAAUCAACCGCGGCCAAACUCCAUAGUUCAACCGAACGUCAGCCACUCUAUUGUACGACAACAGCAAAUGAUUAGCGUAUCUCGUUCGCAACUCCAAAGAUCCGUUAUUCAACAGAGUAGACAAGUAUCGAUGGUUCAUCAACCGCAAAGGCAAUAUUUUCAGCAGCAGCAACAGGAAAGAUCGGGAGAAGGAUCAUUUACACAGUUUAAAUUAAAAUCUUCUUCUAUAAAAGCAAAAAACAAGGUAAAUCUUAUGAAUUUUAUAUCAUCCAAGCGUGUUGAUCCAAGCCUGUUCACCCCACCCGUUAAGCUUGUGCGGCGAGAUCCAAGUGCGCCUCCUCGCAAUCAAGCAACUGCCUCACCUGUUGAAAACGCCAUAAUUAACACGCCAACUCCAGGUCCAUCAGCAAAAGCACCUGGUACAGAUACAUCCCAAAUAGCACCAUACGGUAAUGCCACCAGAAAUCGCCAAAAUCUGUUCAAAAAAAAAACGAAACAAGUCCACAUUGCGCCAGAAGAAUCUAGGAAGCUCAGAGCAGAAGAAGAAAAACCAUGGGUUCUCGAAGAUUACGACGGAACAAACACUUAUAUUGGCGAACUCGAAGGCGGACAACGAGCUAAUUAUGCCCUGUUUCUCCUCACAGACGAUGGUUUCAAAGUGGUGUGCGUAGAUAAAUGGUAUAAAUUCAAACCAAAGAUCAGACAUCGUACACUGACUAUAGAAGAAGCCGAAGAGGCUAUUGCGAAAGCAGCUAAACGUGACAAUGACCGUUGGAUGAUGCACAAAUGGAGUAAAUCAGCGGAGGAUGAACAGCUCGAAGCAAAAGAAGGAGGCAUAUUUGACCGAAAAUCAACCCUGAAAACAGUCGAAACGUAUGAUGACGAUUUAUUUGGGGAAGAAGAUGACGAAGAGGCACAUGUUAAUAAGCGGAAAGUUCGGGGUGACGUUGAUGAGGAGUGGGACUUUGAUGAAGUGUUUGAAGAUGACGAGGAAGCUCCCGCUGAAGUAAAAGACGAAGAGGAAAAAGAGGUCGAGAGGAGACAAAAGAAAUCAAUGAGGAAGGGUUCGGAUGAUGAAGAUUUGGAGGAAGAGGUACCGGAAACACUCACAUCUACUGGUAAACAGAUGAAGAAACUCGUGCGCUCUCUGGAGGAAAACGAAGCGUAUGUUAGUGAUAAAGAAGAAGAUCCCUAUGCUAGUAGUGUAGAAGAAGAGGAUACUGAAGAUGAGGAAAAAUCGUCUGGUGAACUCGGUAAGACUACAUCAGGUACAGCAACACAGAAACCGCCACAAAUAGCACCGAAAAGUAAGGCUGGCAGUACGACCAAGGUAGGCACUGUCCCCCAAAAAACCAGACCAACCACCGGCACAAAGCUGCCCACAGAUUCGAAAAAUAAAACCGUCCCUUCCAAAUCAAAACCAUCAGCCAUUUCUAAAUCAACGGCAGAUGCUAAAGGUAAACCUGUGUCUGCCGCACAAAAGACAAAGGAUGGUACGAAGCUCUCUCAAUCGCAUAAAUCAAAGUCAUCCCAGCUUUCUCACCAGAAGCUAUCGGCCGUGCCUCGAUCUCAAUCACCUGUACCCCCAAUGCGCACCAAUGCGUCUGUUAACGGAUCACAAGCAGUAUCACCAGGAUAUGUUUCGUCAUCGAAUAGUGUUAAAUCGCCGACGAAUACAUCUGAUGUUACUGGAGCAGCGGCAGGAAAAGCAGGAUUAGUAGCAAAACGCAAGCCUGCUGCUUCGACAUCACAGUCUGGUACCGAAACAAGUGGUAUUCCACAGAAGCGUUCUCUGCCAAAAGUCUCCACACAGCCAGCAAAGAAACUUAAAUCGGAUACUGGCGUUGAUGUUAAGCCUGUCUCAUCUUCCAAACCUAAAAUUAACAUUGUUAUGGGACGGUCUACUUCUGAGACUUUUGCAGAAUCGAGGGAUGCUCCCAGGAAAUUAAAAAUUACUACAUCAGCGUCAUCAGCCUCCUCGACAGCUUCGCAAACCAAACCGUCGUCUCAAAAUAAACCACCAUCUCAAAAUAAACCACCAUCUCAACCCAAGCCAUCGUCCCAACCCAAGACGUCAACACAGACUGGACAGACUCCUCGGCCUUCUCAAGCGCCUACAACUAACUCUUCUUCUGCUGUAAUUACAGAGGCGGAGGUCGUGCGUAUCAUUUCAAGUAGUCCGCAGAUGACUACACGGCAGUUGAUCAAAGAAUUAAAAGAUAAAAUAAAGAAAGAUGAUCGAAACCGAGCAAUUCUGAGGGAGUUGGUAGCACGAGUAGGCGUUAUUAGUGGAGAUGGAUUUCUUGUCUUAAAGAAUAGAGAAUAA